AAUCUCUCGAACCUUGUGGAAUUCAAGCGGCAAACUCUCCCUAAGAGAUUUAACAUUUAAUUAUUAUAUAUAUUAUAGUUUUUCUCUUGCUAUAAGCUUUACUUUUAUGUUUUAUUAUACAAAAUGGAUCAUUCUCUAAAAUCAUCAAGAGGGAAAGUAGUACCAACCACCACAAUCACCACAACCAAAAACAACACAAGUUGUCAAGAAGAAAGUGGAUGGACAACUUACUUUGAUGAUUUCUCAAAAGGUAUAGAGCCAAGUUAUUGUUCUGGUGGUGGCUCUUCUUUGGUUUCUGAUGCUGCUUCUUAUGCUGCAUGGAAAUUUUCUCAUCGUCAUAAUCAUGUUGUUGCAUCAAAGUUACCUAAGAAGCUAUGUUUCAAUAAAACAAGAUCCAAAAUUAUUUCAGAUGAUCCUUUAGAAGACACUGCUAGCUCUCCUGUAAAUAGUCCCAAGGUGAGAGACAUGAAUCCAAAUGAAAUUGUUUCUAGGAAGAUUGAUGAUCAACUACAAGCAGGUUCUAUGGGUAAGGGGUUCACAUCAUCAAAGAAUCAUUCAGAGUUGCUGCAUAUGGAUGAUGAUAUGCAUGAAUUUGAAUUUAAUGAAAAGAAUAUUGAUAGCACAGAUUUGAAGCAAAGAGGGCUUUGCUUGGUUCCUUUGUCUUUGUUGGUUAAUUAUAUGGGGUGAUGAUCAUGACUGAUAUUAUUCUCUCUCUCUCUCUCUCUCUCUCUCUCUCUCUCUCUCUCUCUCUCUCUCUCUCUCUCUCUCUCUCUCUCUCUACUUGUGAGUAUGAUCAAUAUCAUAAUUUGUAUAAUACCAAGUACAUAUAAUAUAUAGUUAAAAUGUUGAUAAA